AUGCCGUCCCUCUUCAGCCGCUCCCACCACGCGCCGAAGAAGGAUCGCGCCCCACCAGUCCUCGUUGCCAACAAUGGCCAGGACCGCAAGGUCCUAGGUCUCGCCAAAACUUGGAACGGCUCGAGCGCCGCACCCAACAGCUCCAGCGUGAGCGAGUUUGGCACUGUCCCACAACACCUUUCUCCCGGCCACCUCCAUGGGGCAACCCUCCCGCGCAGCCCUGACGGCAUGAGCCAGGCCGACUCGAGCGUUUCGCUGCUGCCAAUGCAGUAUUCCUUCGUCACGACGCAGAUUCCUCAGGGCGCAAUCCAGCAGCUCUCAGGCGACUCGAUGUCGACAUACGGUGACGACACCACGAGGCAUUACGGUUUCCUCGGUGGUGUUGGGCGCACUGUCGUACUGGGGCUGAACGAGGUGGCGCGUGUUAUUCGCGAUGUCGGCGCAGAGCUUGGACGCCGAGCACUGGGCACGCCAAUGCUCUUCUCCAACCAGAGCCUCGAGCUCUCGCAGACCCGCAUGAGGAUGCUCAUCCAGGCGUUCCUUGCAACGAUUAGGUCCGGGCCCAGGGUGCCGACCAAGACGUCACUCGCAACCUUCGACCAGGACAUACGGUUCGCAUCCGACCACGAGUUGGCGUGGCUUCUUCGGUGGGCUCUGUCGCGCCUGACCCGCAUCCGCGAGGGCACCCGCGAAGUGUGCCACGGCUGCUUCGAGUGGGACAUGUACGAAGAGUGGCGAGGGCGCGAAAAGGCGGCCAAGUAUCCCCUCGAUGCCUUCAACCAGCUGCAAAGCAUCCUUCCUCCAGAUGUGUACAACCACAUUGUCGAGCCGCUCUUCUCUUUGCUGUCUCGCUUCACUGCUCACUCGCACAACUCGGGCCUCACCCCACACGCAUUAGCCUCGAUCUUUGCGGCCUUGCUCUUUGACAUCCCCGCGAAUUCACCCUGCCUUGUGGCGCAUGCCACGUUCGUCCGUGCGGCAUCUGCCACAGAGCACAUGUUGCUGUCCUACAUCCGUUCGACUGGCAAGCGCGACGACCUCGGCCUUAGCGAGCUUCCCUCACGCCUGCGUGAAUGGGUUAAGGGUUAUCCUUCCAUGGUCGCCUCAGACGCCGACUUGGCGCGCGCAAUGCCUCGCAAGGGCGCGCGUGCUGUACGAUGCCACGUUGCGACCCGCAGCGUUCGCGCGUACUCGCGCGACCUCGUCGUAUCGGCCGAGACAUGGCGCGACGACGUGCCAACUGGCUGGAACACCUGGGACCUCGUAUUACUCAAGUCGCGCCGUGGGGACGCCGGCCGACCCAAGUUUUCGACCCCUUGGCGGCGCAAGAUGAUGGUCAAGGAGACUCUACCUCUCCCUGCGUCCAGCAACUCUAGCAACAAGCAACCUCUCGCGUACGGUGCGCCUCUCCAGCAAAGUCAACCUAGGUCGUCCGACAAGGACGAGGGCGAUGUCGGCAAAUACUCCUCUCUCGCCGGCCAGGAGUGGAGCGCGUUCGAGGAUAUGGGCUUUGACAUGCCAAAGCAGGCCAAGUCCUGGGAGCAGCAGAAGGAUGAGCGUGACAUCUCGCAGCGCCUUCAGUUCGACCUGAACGAGAGCGCUAAGCACUCGGUUACUGAGCGUCGCCAAACCAUGGACUGGAGCGAAUUCGCAUCUGGUGGCUUCACGCGGACUGAAAACUACCUGACCGCCAGCCUCACCUUCUCUGCACCUGUCCAGAGCUCUAUCACGGAGUGGCCCAAGGAGCGAGACGAGCUGCGCCGCCGCCUGCAGAAGACCCAGAAGGAGGCCACGCCGUUCAACCAUGACACGACGCCGCGCGUCGGUCGGGCAGCGAAUAUGGAAGGCGCGGACAACAAGGGCCGCAUUUAUGUUGAGGAGGCGUUUGUUGACUGCUGGGCGGACUUUAUGAUGGGCGGCGCAUGGACCGACCGCGAGGAGCUCACGUUCAAGGAGGCGUCUUGGGCUCUGAUCGAGUACAAAAGUCGACCUGAGCGCACGGACGAGGACGACGCCCCGCACCCAUCCAUCGACCCACGAACAACUGACGUCUAUUUCCUGUUCGAGGAGCGCGUGCCACUCGACUACCAGAUGGCUGUCGCAGACCCGAAGCGGAAGAAGUCGUUGCACACGAUCUUCAAGCGCAAGAAGGAGAAGGCUGGCUCGCCCAGCGGAUUCGACUCCCGUGUCAACGACUUUGACCGCAUGCUCAACCGCGGCCUGGAGCGCAAGCUCACGCUCUCUCGAAACGACCAGUCAGUGUCGUCGUCGCUCUGGCACUCUAUCAAUGACGGAACCAGCAAGGCGGGGAGCAUGACGACCAGCACCUCGACCACCUCCACAAUCAAGCCCUCCAAGUCCUUACAGGGAAACAAGUCCACAGGCAAGGCUUUGCCGUCCACACCUAGAGGGAUGACUCCUGCAAGCCAGAGAUCACCGCCAAAGUCUGCUCCGACUCCCCAGGAGGAUCAAGCAAAGCCUUCCAAUGGCCGCUCGGGACUCUUCAAGAAGUCGAUAAGACGCGUGAAGAGUGGCACGGACCAGCGCAAGGAGGCUAAGAAGCAGCGUGAGGUGUGUAUGGACUUUGAGAUCCAGACAGCCAGCGGUGUCUCGAGCGGCGCAAACUCGCCGCAAGACUCGUUCCACGGUGGCGCCGACGAUAAGGACAAGUGGAUGGACAUCUUAAUCGCCAACGGUGCCCGGCCAAUGAACCGCGAGGUUCACCUCCAGCCCUCGACCUCUCGCGAGCCGGAGCGCUCUCCUUCCGCUGGCUCGCGGCAGCUCACACCAAGCAACGACAUCACGCCGACCGCCACAGCACUUGGCGGACUGAACAUUGUGGCCGACGGUCAUGCGCAUCCCGUGCUCGGCUCACCAAUGCAGCUCUCUACCCGCACGGGAUCAGGAAGCCACCAGGGAUCUGGGAGCUCUACUGACCACCGUGGAGUCGAAUUCCCGGAAGGUAACACUGCUAUCGACGCCAACUCGCAGUCGUCGAUUUACGACGAAUCGCACAGGUCGUCGGUGCUCACUGACGACAACUCUGUGCAGCCCUCUGACUCGAUUUCUAUGCGCAGGCAUGCGCGCGAGUCAAGCCCACCUCCUGAAGAUGAGCUCACCGUGGGGGACCCGAACCGCAACACGGCCCACCUGGCGUACGACGAGAUUGUCUCGCCCAAGCCUCGCAUGGCGGGUGACCGCGACGCCAUCUUCUCCAUAGUCGACCACUAUGGCGACCAGGCUGGGUCGCAUGGGACCGAGUCGUCCUCCUCGGAAGACGUAUACGGUGGCAUAGUCAACCGGGACAGUGUCAUAGAGGACACGUACACUUCUGAGCGCGUCAACUCGGCGUACGACGGCAUAGAGCGCAACUCUGUCAUCGAGGAGAAGUACGCCGCCGAGCGGCUCAACUCGGCGUACUCGGUUGAUGACACUUUUCCACCACCCCCGAUCUUCGACCUGACACCGGGGCGCGAGCCCAGCCCCGCGCGCUACAAGCACGGCGAGCCGCUUCAUUUCGUUGGCGAGGAAGACGAGGAAGACGAGUACCUUUAA